CCACACCGACCGGAAAGCCCAGGGAGGUACCCGCCAGUGGCGGGAGGGUCUGAGCUAUGGCUGCCAAGGCGGCGGGUGGGGGGCGUUGGGAGGUGGUGAAGAAGGGGCGACGGCCCGGGGCCGGCAGCAGUGGGCGAGGCGGCGGAGUGGACCGCCGGGCACUCGGGGAGGCGAACGGAGUGUGGAAGUACGACCUGACCCCUCCCAUCCAGACGACAAGCACCCUUUAUGAGAGGGGUUUUGAGAAAAUCUCGAAGAAGCAGAAUAAGGAGCAGGUUCCACCCCCUACUGUGGAGCCUAAGAAACCUGGGAACAAAAAGCAGACUAAGAAGGUGCCGACCCUCACCAACCAAAACCAGAAGCAGGGCCGCUUCCGCAGCCUGGAGGAGGCCCUGAAAGCUCUGGACGUGGCAGCUCUACAGAAGGAACUGGACAAGAGCCAGAGUGUGUUCUCUGGGAACCCGUCCGUGUGGCUGAAGGACCUGGCCAGCUAUCUCAACUACAAGCUCCAAGCACCUCCAAGUGAACCCACACUAAGCCAGCAUACUCACGAUUAUCCCUACAGCCUGGUGAGCCGGGAGCUGCGUGGGAUCAUCCGAGGACUGCUGGCAAAGGCAGCGGGGUCUCUCGAGUUCUUUUUUGACCACUGUCUGUUCACCAUGCUGCAAGAGCUGGAUAAGACGCCAGGGGAGUCGCUACACGGUUACCGAAUCUGUAUCCAGGCCGUUCUGCAAGAUAAGCCCAAGAUUGCCACCAUGAACCUGGGCAAGUUCCUAGAACUGCUGAGGUCCCACCAGAACCGACCAACGAAGUGCCUAACCAUAAUGUGGGCCCUGGGGCAAGCAGGCUUUGCCAACCUCACCGAGGGACUGAGAGUGUGGCUGGGGAUCAUGCUGCCUGUGCUGGGCAUCAAGUCCCUGUCCCCCUUCGCCAUCGCAUACCUGGAUCGGCUGCUCCUGAUGCACCCCAAUCUCACCAAGGGCUUUGGCAUGGUUGGCCCCAAGGACUUCUUCCCACUCCUGGACUUUGCCUAUAUGCCCAACAACUCCCUGACACCCAGCCUGCAGGAGCAGCUCUGUCAGCUCUACCCCCGAUUGAAGGUGCUGGCAUUUGGGGCAAAGCCAGAAUCCACCCUGCACAUCUACUUCCCCUCCUUUCUGUCCAGAGCUACCCCUAACUGCCCUCCAGCAAUGAAGAAAGAGCUCCUGAGCAGCCUGACUGAGUGCCUGAAGGUGGACCCCCUCAGCGCCAGUGUCUGGAGGCAGCUGUACCCUAAGCAUCUGUCACAAUCCAGCUUGCUGCUGGAGCAUUUGCUCAGCUCCUGGGAGCGGAUUCCCAAGAAGGCACAGACCUCUCUGCAAGAAACCAUUCAGUCCUUCAGCCUCACCAACCAGGAGCUGCUGAAGAAGGGCAGCUAUAAUCACCAGGAUGUCAUCCUCUGUGCCACCGCUUGCAAGGCUCUGCUGCAGCAGGCUCAGGGCUUUCGGCUGCCCUGGACACGGUUGCUCCUGUUGGUGCUGAUCUUUGUCCUAGGUUUCCUGUGCCAUGACUUCCGGUCCCACAGUUCUUUCCAAGCCUCCUUCUCUGGCCGCUUGCUUCAGUCGUCUGGUUUCUUGCCUGCUGGCCAAGAAGCAUGUGCCAAGAUCUACGCCUACAGCCUGCAAGGCUACAGCUGGCUAGAGGCGACAUUGCCGGCCUGCAGCUCUCACCUGCUGACCACAGUGAGGCCCAGCUUGCAGCUGGCCUGGACCCACAUCAACGCCACAGUCAGCUUCUUUUCUGCCCACUGUGCCUGCUUCAGUGACAGCCUCGCCAGCCUCUCCCAGAGCCUCCCCGAUGUCCUGACCCAGCUGCUCCAUUCUCUGAGGGAGCUGCUCCUGCUUCUCUACCACCACGCGCUGCUGCCACUGUGGCACGUGCUACUGGAGGCCCUGGCCCAGGCCCAGCAGCGCUGCCGCGAGGCCUGCAGAGGUGAGAUGACCUGGGACUGCGUGAAGACACAACUCAGUGAGGCUGCCCGCUGGACCUGGCUCUGCCUACAGGACAUCACAGUGGCUUUCUUGGACUGGGCACUUGCCACAAUAUCCCAGCAAUAGUCCCCUCCUCCUUGGCCACUGGGCUCUGUCUGAGACGGGCCAUCUGAGACUGCCAGAGGCAGAGGGAGGCAUUCUGUGUGGGGUCUUUUUCACUUGGUGCCUGAAUUCUGUCUUCUAGCCAAGUGGCCAGUUGCCUCUGGGCCACUUCUUCCAUCUUUAGGGGUGACAACCCAGGGGUAUCUCAGCCUCCAACCCCCAAUUCCAACAAACACUUCUCUGACCUUUUGCACAUGAAUAGCUCCCAGCCUCUGCCCUUGGGCUGGCAGUCUCUCUAGCCUCCUCUCUUGUCUCCUCCAUUCUAUCUCAUUCCUGAAGCCCCAAAUGGCUCAUCCCCAAAGGCGGGACUCCAGCAAGCAGCCUCUGCAUUCUCCCCAUGAAUCAUUUCUGCUCCCAAGCUCUCACCACAGCAGGGAGAGGAAAGGCGCUUCCAGAAGAAGACAGCGCCGCAGCCGGGCACAGCAGCCCCACCUAUGCAUGCAGCCCAGACUUGGAGGCCUGGGCAGAAGGCCCCGUCACCUCAAAACACCCAACUCGGGCCCUUCGAGGCCCUUACUGCCCCCUCCAUCAUGACCCUACUUUCUCACCAUCCCUGGGGUGUGGGGUCAGUGUUGGGGUCCUCUGCCUCCAGAUUCCCGUUCUCUCUACUGCCUGCCUUACCACCUGUCCGGAGAGCAGAGCCCAGUUAGUUGUGUGCCUCGCACCCUGGGAACCUUCCAGCAGCCUGUUGAGACAGCAUUCGGCAUCUGGCUCCUGGAUGUGCCUACUGGGUAGAAUAAAUGACACAGAUUUGC